AUGUUUGGUAUACGUCGUGUCGCUGUUAUUUCAGGAGAGAUUCAGCUGAAAGUCUUGCAUCACCUUGCAACAAACAGCAUAACAAAAAGACAGAUUCCAAGGAAAGUUAUACCAGUUAAAUAUAAUCGACACUACUUCUCUUCAAAAGCAGACCCGCGCAUUGCUACUUAUGAAGAUGUUUCCAAUGGUAUCAAACAGCCUAAAACUUUUAUAGUUGAUGUGCGUAACCCUGAUGAGGUCCAAUCUACGGGUUUAAUUCCAUCAAGUAUUAAUAUUCCACUGAAUAACAUACAACAAGUACUCAGUUCAAUGUCUGAAGAAGAAUUCAAAAGAAACUACCAGAGGAACAAACCAAAACAGUCUGAUGAAAUCAUUUUCUAUUGUAAAGCAGGAAAUAGGGCUACAAAAGCAACAGAUUUAGCCCUAAGUCUAGGAUACUUAAAAUCAAAAAAGUAUUUAGGAAGCUGGAAUGAGUGGUCAAGUAAACAAAGUUAA